AGUGAGAGACGCGCCGUGGAGCGCUGCGCAUGCGUCGUCACCACACCGACCGCGCACACGCCAUACAGUGAUAUUCGAACAUAAACAUUACAGUGAUCCUAUCCACAAACAGUGCCAAAGUAUUUAGUGUGUAAAAUCGACUAUAACUGAACUAGUUCUUUUUUCCAAGUGAAAGGACCACAUUGUCGGGGUCUGCGUGUUUACUUGACUGACGAGGAGGGAAACGGGAACAAACACUAAAGAAGAAUGGAUUCAUCUGGAGAGAAGGCAUUUAGUUGGCCGGACGAAGAUUCGGUGGAGUCAACGUCGGACCCCAACCUGACGGUGUCGAUGAUAUCCGAGGAGCUGCCCGCCCUGACGGUGACCACCAUAGUGGGCAUGACAGUCGUGAUGCUCAUCGCCAUCGCUGCCGUAUUCCUGUUGGGAGUGCUCAUAGAUUGCAGACAACAGCGAUUACUAGAAAAGAAAAUGGGUGAGGCGAAGCGCAUGAAGACCAGCAGGCGAGUGAACACGGCUCCUGAAGAAGACAGUGCAAACAUAGCCAACAAUAUGGAGGAGCCUGACAUGAGCGUGCCUCCUGCCGAAGCUCUGCGGCAUAUACCUUAGUACCAACUGCCUCAGAAGUACACACUCAUGUAUCUCCGUGGCGAAAUGGCCGAAGACUGUCUUCCGUUAUUAUAACAAUACAUAUCAGUUUUACUCUUAGAAUUUUGUGGCAACAAUUAAUUUUUAUCUGUGCAAUAGCUAAGAGUU